AACCGUUAGUGAGCGGUUCAGGUGAGUUUAGGUUUAGGUUAGUUACAGUUCUAACUGUGUCCAGGUUAGAGGUUCUGAUUCUAGCUCAGCUGUAGGAGUCUCUUAUAUCAUUGUAAAACUACGUUAGCAUCCGGAGGACGUCAUAAAUCAAGUGUGUGUCAUGGCUCUGGCGUCUCCGUGCGGGCUGCUGUCUGAUGAGGACGAGUGCGGGGCUGUGUUGGAGUCCACAGCUGCUGAUAUUGGAGCUGUGGUGAGAGCUCUGCCGGAGAUCUCCGCCAUCAGCCCUGCUGCAGACCCCCGUACACCCACUCGAGAGAUCACGACUGAUGUCAGUAGAAGAGGCAGCGCUGAUGACGGCUCAGAGAAGCUGAAGGUUUUCCUGCGGAUCCGUCCUCUUACUGAAGCAGAGCAAGAGCGGGGAGAGGAGCAGGGUUGUGUAAAUGUGCAGUCUGAGGACAAUCUGCUUCUCCGAGCGCCCAAAGACUCCCACAACAUGAAGAGUGCCGAGAGAGGCGUCGCUCAAAGCCUGCACAAGUUCACCUUCACAAAGAUUUUUGGAGCCCAGAGCUCUCAGCAGGAGGUCUACGAUCACACCAUACGGGAGAUGGUGCGAGACGUUCUGCGUGGAGAAAACCGGCUCCUCUACACUUACGGCGUGACCAACUCGGGCAAAACCUACACCAUACAGGGUGCGGGUGGAGAGGCGGGUCUGCUGCCGCGAGUGUUAGUCUCUGUGUUCCUGAAGCUGUCUGGACGACUGUACUCCGCUAUGGACCUCAAGCCUGUACUGAGCCAGGAGGUCCGUAAACUGGACACGGGAGAGGUCCGUGCUGAGGAGAUGCGGCGUGACGCUUUUCUGAGAGAGGUUUUCCUGCGGAUCCGUCCUCUUACUGAAGCAGAGCAAGAGCGGGGAGAGGAGCAGGGUUGUGUAAAUGUGCAGUCUGAGGACAAUCUGCUUCUCCGAGCGCCCAAAGACUCCCACAACAUGAAGAGUGCCGAGAGAGGCGUCGCUCAAAGCCUGCACAAGUUCACCUUCACAAAGAUUUUUGGAGCCCAGAGCUCUCAGCAGGAGGUCUACGAUCACACCAUACGGGAGAUGGUGCGAGACGUUCUGCGUGGAGAAAACCGGCUCCUCUACACUUACGGCGUGACCAACUCGGGCAAAACCUACACCAUACAGGGUGCGGGUGGAGAGGCGGGGCUGCUGCCGCGGGGGUUAGUCUCUGUGUUCCUGAAGCUGUCUGGACGACUGUACUCCGCUAUGGACCUCAAGCCUGUACUGAGCCAGGAGGUCCGUAAACUGGACACGGGAGAGGUCCGUGCUGAGGAGAUGCGGCGUGACGCUUUUCUGAGAGAGAAUUUGGGUGAAUGUGACCCUAAUCCUAAUGUAAAACUGCUUCUGCGGGUGUGUGUUUGUCCUCCAGACUCAGAUGGCGUGUGUUUGGAGGCGAAUGGUUUGUGUCUCAGCGGUGGAGAGGAUCUUGAGGAGGGUGUGCAGUUCUCAGUCUGGGUCUCGUUUUAUGAGAUCUACAACGAGUUUCUUUACGAUCUCCUGGACGCUCCACCUUCACUUCAGUCCCACAAGAGAGCCACGCUACGCCUCAGCGACGACAAACACGGAAACCCUUAUGUAAAGGAUCUGACCUGGAUUCAGGUACGAAGUGCAGAAGAGGCCUGGAAAGUGCUUAAAGCUGGACAACGCAAUCAAAGCUUUGCCAGCACUCACCUAAACCACAACUCCAGCCGCAGCCAUAGUAUCUUUACUAUCCGUGUUCUACAUGUCAAGCCACAAGCAGAGCUGGGACAGGUGACCAGAAUCAGCGAGCUCUCUGUGUGUGAUUUGGCGGGGUCUGAGCGCUGUAAAGCCCAGCAGAACGGAGAGCGAAUGAAAGAGGCGAACAACAUCAACACCUCUCUGCUGACGCUGGGGCGCUGCAUCACUGCUCUGAGACACAACCAGACCAAUAAGUCUCGGCCUCCGCUGGUCGUUCCGUUCAGAGACAGCAAGUUAACCAGGGUCCUGCAGAGCUUCUUCUGUGGUCAUGGCCGCUCCUGCAUGCUGGUCAACAUUAACCCCUGCGCCUCCACAUAUGACGAGACGCUGCAAGCACUCAAGUUCUCUGCCAUCGCCACACAGCUGGUGCACGGGCCGUGCAGUAAGACGCGGGUGGCUUAUAUUCUGUCGCUGCUUCGUGAGCCGCCUGCGCAUCUCAACAACACCACUCUACUGGAGGAGGAGAGCGACGAGGAAGGAGACAUCACCAUGUUUGAUCCUGAAAACUGCAGGAUCUCAUGUGGGACGUGUCUGUUGCAGAACCUGAAGCAGCUGCGGCUGGAGCUCCAGAUGCUGGGUGUGAAGCUGCAGUCUGGAGAACGAGCGUGCUGCCGCAACACCGACGGAGAGAGGCUCCGAAACGCACUCUCCUCCGCCGACGGCAAACUCGCCAAACAGGACCAGAUGCUGGUGGAGCUGCACACUAGCCUGCAGCUGGUCAGAGCAGACCUGCGCAAGAAAGACGAGCUGCUGGCACAGCUACAGCACAGCCAGCCUCCUCCGCCAGCGUCCGGCUCCUGCAAGAAGAGGGGCUGCGGCGUGGCUUACGUGGAGAACCAGCCUCCUGAGAAGCGCCCCUUCUUCCGCUCGUUCUUCCCCUCGCGCCAGAGGCCUGAGGCGGGCACACCGUACACCCGAGUGUUGCGCUCGCGCCAGCCGUCCCCUCCGUCCACUCCCAUACAGCUCCGAGUCAAAUAUUAGGAGCUCAGCAGUGGACGCAGACAAGAGCUUUUAUAUCUUGCAGUUUUUAUAUUUCUGUCUUUAAUAUAAUCAGGUGGCCGUUUGACGCAUGAAUG